AUGGCAUCGCGAAGGUCCCUAGGAGGAGGACGAGUCUUGGGCAGCGGCCGCUCGCUGUCGCCCGCCGUCAUUCCCCAGCGCCCGCACCAACUCACUCCUUCCGAGAGCUCCCUAUCGCUUGCCUCAAGCUCCCACACGUCCACCACCGAGACAGACGACAUCGCGUCUAGAGUCGCCCUCGACUCCAACAAUGGCCCCGUCGGUGGUGCUGCUGCCGCCAGCUCGCGCCUGGUCUGUCCCAUCUGCAACGAGGACAUGGUCACUCUGCUCCAGCUCAACCGCCACCUCGACGACAACCACCAGAACCUGCAAGAGGUCGAGCAAGAUGAAGUCAAGAAUUGGUUCGAACAACAGAUGAAGAAGGCCAAGCGCUUCCAGCCCCUCGCCGUCCUCAAUCAAAAACUAAAAGGCCUCGAUGUCUUCGAGUCCAACGCGACAGCCCCUGCACACCAAGUCUCAACCCUCUCCUCGAGUCCCUCCAACUCUGGCCGUACUACCCCCUCCCAACCCUCUGCUGCUCCGUCAGAAACUCGCCUAGAUCCCGAUCAGGUUGUUACCAAAGCACACUGGCAGCGAUCCACCGGUCACGACUCCUGUUCAGACCCCUUGUGCGGCAGACGUCUUGGAAGUACCAAUGGCAACAUCAACUGUAGACACUGUGGUAAGCUUUUCUGCGAGGAACAUACCAUGUAUCAGAUGAAGCUGUCUCGCUCCGCCCAACAUGAACCCGUCCGCGGCUUGUGGUGUCGCGUGUGCGAGACGUGUUACAAGAGUCGUCCAGGUUACAACGAUCAUACUGGACUCGAGCGCGAUCAUACAAAAGAGUUCGCUGCUAUCCGUAGACGCACAGUAGACAAGGCAUAUCUCGAAGUGAGCCGCCUGGAGAAGCGCCUCUCGAGGCUAACCCAAUUGUUGGCCAAUCCACCUCCGCCCGAGAAUGAUCAAAGCACUAGUAGCUUUCUGUGGUCGCUUGCUGGCUCUAAAAAUCACAUCCGCACUCUGGAACAGUCAGUGGUAACAUGGGAGGACGAUGCCCGCGUUCUCCACUGUCCGUUCUGCCAGCAACAAUUCUCUCAGUACUCUUUCCGUCGCCAUCAUUGUCGAAUAUGUGGACGAGUCGUUUGCGGCGAUCCAGCCACUAAUUGCUCUUCUGAAAUUGGCUUGAAUGUCGAUGCGCCACUCAAAACUAAUAGUCUGGAGAAGUCUGCCGGUCAAGUGGCCGUCGAUGUUCGUAUGUGCAAAGACUGCCAGCACACAAUAUUCAGCAAAUCAGAUUUUGCCCGCCAACUCUCGGUUCGACCUCCGGAUCAGCGAGCUUAUGAGAACCUUGUGCAGUUUGAGCGUGGUAUACGCCUUCUUCUACCAAAGUUUCAGAAACUCCUCCAGGCCCUGCAGGAUCCCGAUAAACCUCCGACACCCACUCAGCUAAACGAUGCUACUAAAGUGCGCAGACGUCUUAUGGAUGCAUUUACACAGUACGAUGUCGCGGCCAGGCGGAUCAGAGACCUGCCUACCGAGAGCCAGACGCAGGACCGUUUGCAAAAGGCCAUUUAUGCACAGGCGACCACUUUCCUUCAUUUACACAUGCUUCCCCUCAAAUCCUUACCCAAGUUGCUUCAACACGCAACGCCACACGGCAAACCGCAAGCCAAGUCCUCGGCAAAUCCUUUGGCUGCAAUCAAGAAUGAUCAGGCCAGACCCCAAGGUAGCCGAGCGAGUAGCUCAUCAUCCGCUCAAGUCACGGCUCUGGAAGCUGAGGAAAAAGAACUUCGGGAGCGAAUGAUCGUCUUAGAGGAGCAAAAAUUCUUUGUUGAAGGCAUGAUUGCUGAUGCCAAUAAACGAAGGAGAUUUGACGAAGUGGCUAGUCUGGCGGGUAACGUCGAGGACUUGACAAGAGAGAUUGAUCAGUUGCAAGGUCAGAUUGCAGGCAUGGACUUUGCUGGUGCAUAUACCGUUGGCCAAGAAAUUUGA